AUGGCUUCUCUAGAUCUUAAGCUCUUGUUUUCCCUUGUUGUUCUCACUUCCGUGCUCUCCAUUCAAGCAUCUUAUCCUUCUUUUGAAGAUAACGGCGUCAAUGUCCUUGAAUCCAAGAAAGUUAACCUCUCUCUGUAUUAUGAAACUCUAUGCCCAUCCUGUGCGAGCUUCAUUGUAAAUGAACUAGCAGCUAAGUUAUUCGAUCCCGAAGGGGAUCUCAUAAGCAUUGUCAACCUCAAGCUAGUUCCAUAUGGAAAUGCUCAGGUCAAAGCACCUAACAAGACCAUCGUUUGCCAGCAUGGCCCAGACGAAUGCUACUUUAACAGUAUAGAAGCCUGUGCAAUCCACCUCUGGUCAGACGUGAAGCGGCAUUUCAAGUUCAUUCAUUGUCUUGAGAGUAAACUUAUUGAAGGACUGCACUGCUCGAAAGAAUAUGCUUGGGAAUCUUGUUGUGUAAAACUUAAGAUGGAUUUGGAUCGUUUGGGAAAGUGCUACCGCAGUGGAUAUGAAAAGAAGCUUAUACUUCAAAAUGCUAAAGAAACAGACCACCUUGUUCCGCCUCAUGAGUACGUACCAUGGCUGGUUGUUAAUGGACAACCGCUAAAGGAUGAUUACCUAAAUUUUGUGAGGUAUGUCUGCAACACUUACAAAGACAGUCCGAAACCAAAGGCUUGCAGAUCAUAUCCACACAACAUCAAUUCAGGUGGAAAGGCAAACUCGAGCCUAGAAGGAUGCUAUAAAGGUGAAGAACGCGGGGGGAGCUGA